CACCACCACCAUACUUCCUUUGUCCCUUCUGCACUCUCUCUCUCUCUCUUAAAAGAGGAUUCUGCUUAUCAAUGUGCAAGUGAGAGAGAAAGUGGGACACAUUAUCUCUGUGGGUCAGUUCUUGAAAUGGGGUGCUUGAAUCUUCAUCUUUGAGCAUUCUGUCCAAUGUUUCUGGUGAAAAACAGCAAUGAGCAGAAACUGGGUUGUCUUUGUCCUCAUCCUAGUGAUUCUCUGUGGAGGCUUCUCAUCAGCUUCAGCUACUCCUGCAAAAAUUCUGGGUAGUGCUGUGUCCAAUGUAGUAUCUGCUCUUGUGAAAUGGCUGUGGUCGCUGCAACAAUCCACUUCCAAACCAACUGUUCCUAGCCGUUCAAUGAUGAAAUUCGAAAGUGGAUACACCGUGGAGACAGUUUUUGAUGGUAGCAAGCUCGGAAUUGAACCGCAUUCGGUUGAGGUCUCUCCUAGUGGGGAGCUUAUGGUGCUGGACUCUGCGAAUAGUAACCUCUACAGAAUGUCAUUCCCUUUGUCCCGUUAUAGCAGGCCCAAGCUCAUUGCUGGCUCGCCCGAGGGGUAUUCCGGGCAUGUAGAUGGGAAGACUAAAGAAGCGAGGAUGAGCCAUCCUAAGGGGCUUACUGUUGAUAAUAGAGGGAAUAUUUACAUUGCCGACACAAUGAACAUGGCCAUCAGAAAGAUCAGUGACACGGGCAUGUCAACCAUAGCUGGUGGGAAAUGGGGUCGAGGAGGAGGUCAUAUUGACGGUCCAAGCGAGGAAGCGAAGUUUUCAGAUGAUUUUGAUGUCGUUUAUGUUGGUAGUAGCUGUUCUCUUCUGAUAGUAGACAGAGGUAACCAGGCGAUUCGGGAAAUACAACUUCACGAUGAUGAUUGUUCACAUGCGUCCAAUGGGAGCUUUCAUUUAGGAAUAGCCGUACUAGUUGCGGCUGGCUUUUUUGGUUAUAUGUUGGCACUGCUGCAGCAAAGAGUGAAGGCCAUGUUUUCUUCCCAGAGUGAUCUAAGACCUCCAAUGAAGAAAGUUUCGCCUGUGCCACCAUAUCAAAGGCCUCCUAAAUCGGUUAGACCCCCUCUAAUACCGCCGGAGGAGGAAUCUGAAGUACCAGAAGAAGAGGGUUUAUUUUCUUCGAUUGGGAGGCUUGUGGUCAACUCUGGCUCAUCCAUGGCCGAAAUUUUUUCUGGUUCUAAAAGGAAACCCCAGCACUUUGAUCUCCGUCAGCAGCAGCAGCAGCAGCUAUAUAAUGAACACGCCAAUUCAUGGCCGAUGCAGGAGAGCUUUGCGAUUCCAGACGGAGAUGAGCCUCCGCCACCAUUAGAGAGCAGAACUCCGAACCCAAAGAGGACCUACCCGUUCAUGAGCAAAGAAAUUGAGAAGAGUCAACACUUCAGGCAAAGCCAGGGUCACUACGGCAGGUGGGUUGGGGAUUACUCCCAGCAGCAGCAGCAGCAGCAGCAGCAGCAGCAGCCAAGGCAAAUGCAGCACCACCAACAGCACCACCACCGGCAUUACUCACCCGAACCAAACACAUACUAUGAGAGGAGCUGCGAGACGAACGAGAUAGUCUUCGGGGCGGUCCAAGAGCAAGAUGGCCGGCGUGAAGCCAUGGUGAUCAAGGCCGUUGACUACGCAGAUCCCAGGUUUGACCACCGCAACAUUCGGCCUCGAAUCAACUACAUGGGUUACUCUCAUGGAUACUGAGGACCGGAUCUCGCGAUUCUACAUGAAUGGUAGAUACACAAGUUCGUUAUGUUUUUCCGUCGUCUUCGUUUCUUUUUCUCUUUUUACCUUUCUGAUAAGUAAGUUUGUUAUGUGAAGCAUGAAACAUGAUGGUAGAAUCACGCUGUGGAUAUGUGAGUUAGGCUUUAGCAUCCAUCUCUUUCUUUUUACCUUUUCUUCUCCGGUGAGGAAUGUAUCUGAGAUAACGUGAGUGAAAGUCACCUAUUGAUUCCCCUGCA